AUGGUCACUAAGCUUGUGCAUUCCGAACAGCCUGAAAAAAAUAACACAUUGUGGGCCUGUACAUGGGUGUCUGCAGGCCUCCGUGGGUGCGCUCUACACCUUUCUCUGGUCUUCCUUCUGCUGUGCCUAAUUUUGUCUGCGGCUGUGAUCGGACUGACGGUGAAAUAUGUUGAGUUGUCCGGUGAUUUCCAGAAGUCGGUGACCGAUCACCGUACAAUGAGCAGCAGUAUGACUCGGAGCCUCAGGAGCGGAGAGGACCUCCUGGAAACAAUUAAGAGGCAGUUAGGGGCCACCAAGAAUGAGCUGGAGAAGACCCGUCAGGAGCUAAGGAAAGUGUCUCAGGACUAUCAGGCUCUGGACAAUAGUCUGAAGAGCAAGGAGAAUCUCUUGGAGUCGGUGAACAAAGAUCUGCGGGCCACCAAGACUCAGCUGGAGAAGACCCGUUUGGAUCUAGAGAAGGCGGAAAGGGGCAAAACAGAUGUGAGCAAUGCUCUGUUGCAGUGCCAGCAGGAGAAACAGAAGUCCAGACAAAUAGCAGAGGAAACAAGAACUGAACUGGACAAAUGCAACCAAGAUACUAGAGGUGUUUGUCUGGAAGGAUGGGUCCUCUAUAGAAAGAAAUGUCUCUGGUUUUCUGAAAAAGAUGGAAAUUGGGAAAAAGGUAAAACAGAUUGUGAAAGCAGAGAUUCCAACCUCAUCAUUGUGCCGUAUUCUGACACCGAUCUCAAGAAAUUCAUAAAGGAGAAACAAAGAAGUUACUGGGUUGGUAAGGAAUGGAAUAAGCAGACCAAAAAUUGGGAAUGGCCCAAGGACUAUCCAUCAAGCAGGCAAGUAUGACAGUUCCGUUUGCGAAGAUGUCUAAAUUUGAUCUCCUGGCACAAAAACUUUCAUUUAAACAUAUUCAUCAAUAAUCACAAAGGAUAUGAAUCCACAUUGUGAGCACCAAAGGCCUUUGC